GAAUUAUCAAAAGGUCCAUCACACAUCUAGUAACUCCCAAACCCCACAAUAUCAAUGAAAAUCCAGUGCGACGUUUGUGAGGCAUCCGAGGCCGUUGUUUUCUGCACCGCCGACGAAGCCUCCCUCUGCUCCGCCUGCGACCACCGUGUUCACCACGCUAACAAGCUCGCCAACAAACACCCGCGCUUCCCUCUUCUUCAACCUUCUUUCAAAGACUCACCACCACGCUGCGAUAUUUGUCAGGAGAGGAGAGCGUUUCUGUUUUGCAAAGAAGAUCGAGCUAUUUUAUGUAGAGAAUGCGACGUACCGAUUCACACAGCCAACGAACACACACAAAAACACACUCGGUUUCUACUCACUGGAGUUAAGUUAUCAUGUUACGAUCACCAAACUCCAUCGUCUUCAAACUCGAAUGCUUCGAUUGAAAGCUCGGGUUUUGGAGCUUCGAUCCAUCAAAACAGUGAUUUGACGUAUAAUAAUAAUAAUCACUCUAAUUGUAGUGUGAGUCAUGAAGAAGAUGCUAGUGUAUCUGAGUAUUUGGUUGAAACGUUGCCCGGAUGGCAUGUUGAUGAGUUCCUUGAUCCCUACGGUUUCAACUUGUGAGAAGCAUAUUGCUAUUAAUGACGUGAUCUUGAAAGCCAUGCAAGUUUUCAGUUUUGGGUUUGUAGUCACACAAGGGCAUUUGUGUAAAUUCAUCAUCAAGCGAGUUCCGCGGUUUCUUAAUUGCUUUGAAGGAGUAUUUAAGUAGAGAACUCACAGAAUUGUAUAUUCGUAUCUUUUGUUUUAAAUGUGAUGCAUAAGAUGGUGAUGUAACUGUGUGUUACAGUGAACGUCACUCUUUUUCCAACUCUCGUUAUAUCCAUCAAGUACUACAUGCAAAUGUUAUAUACAAUUCUUUCGAUCUCUAAAUAAUAUUGG